UAGACCGAUCAUUGAUAUUCGUUAAUUUCAGGAAACCUUGUUGUUGUGUGCGUGAGUAAUUCGUUGAACGUGAAGCACGUAAACAGAAGACCGAAUCAAACCACGUGUCAUAAAAGGUUGAGAAAAAGAGAAUGAAUGAUAAAGUUUACGAAUGUGGUUUCGUACGAUUUUGUUUAAUAUUCUGAAUCACAUAAAUGUAUGUGGCUCAAGUGUCCAGUAAUACUCGAACGAUCAGACAAUUUUAAUUAAUACUGUGUGUGCUUAGGGGGCCUGUGUUCAUUUCCGAUCCUGAUGAACAUUUAUGAUAAAGGAUAAGGCCAUUGCUGCACAAUUACAAAGACAUUCUCCGAGGAAAUUCUGUAGGACGAGCACAGCACUGGAUUUUACUGUACGUGUACACUCACAGAAUUCGUCGUUGGUAAUUUCUGGAAGAGAAAGGCGAGAUACAUAGACAUGGAGGACCUUAAUGAUGAUAAUAACAAUGCGGGAGCUCUAGUGAUUAAGGAAGACAACAGUGGUAGUUACAACACUAUAAAUCAUGCCAUCGAAAAAAUCAAAGAAGAGGCUGCGAAGUUGUUCAAGGAGAAAAAAUACUAUCUAGCCGUAUCGAACUACUCGCGACUCAUUGAAAUGUGUCCCAAUGAACCAGUAUACUACGCCAAUCGUGCUGCUAGCUACAUGAUGAUGGAGAACUACGUAAAUGGUCUGGCAGACGCAAAGCAAUCAGUUGAAUUAAAUCCAGCGUUUAUCAAAGGACACUGUCGAGUGAUACUAUGUGCCAUGAGACUUCACAGAUUCUCAGAGAUGGACAGUAGCAUUGGCAAAUUGAAGAUGAUUGAUCCUACCAACGACAUGCUCCAAUAUCAGGUUGAACAAAUGCGAGAGUUGGUUAUGAAUCUUGAAAAUGAACUUCUUGCUAGUAACGCCGGGAAUUACGUCAAGGUUUUGGAAUAUAUCGAUAAGUGUCUGGCGAUUUGUCCACAAUUCAUGGCGUACAAAGUCAAGAAGGCAGAUUGUCUACUUGUUCUUGGAAGAUUGAUCGAAGCGGCAGCAGUGGCAAGAGAGAUUGUGGAACGAGAUCCAAGCAACAGUGAUGGUCAUUAUGUCCUAGGGAAAUGUUUGCGUGAGACAAAUAUUAAACUAUCAGUAUUUCACUUCGGAGAGGCUUUCCGGUUGAAUCCCUAUUGUAGUAGGGACCGCACGCUUCAUGAGAGUGGUAAAAAAAUUAUAGAGAAGAGAACUGAUGCAAACAACGCAUACAGACUCCAGAACUACGCCCAAGCCCACUACCAAUACUCCACACUGUUAUUGGAAUGUGCAAAGGAUGCAGGAUUUCGAACAGCUCUAUACUUCAACAUGGCCCAAGCGUCCUACAAAAUGGGUAACCUCGAGCGAUGCCUGCAGGAGUGUGGAACUGUCCUAAACCUCCAGCCAAAUCACCUGAAUGCCUUGAUGCGUCGUGCACAGUGUCACAUGGACCGAAAGAACUACACCGAAGCCAUCAAAGAUUUGGAGAAAGCUUGGGGCAUCGAGUCGUCAGCUGAGGUCCUCCAAAUGCUGCAAGAAACCCACAAACGCUUGGGAGACUCUCAUAACGGUCCCUACGUGAUCCUGGGGCUAUUGCUGGGUGCACCCAGGGAAUCGAUUAUCAAGGCCUACAGAGAAUUGACGAAAGUGCAUCAUCCUGAUCGCCAUGCAAAUGCAACAGACGAGCAGAAGACAUAUCAUGAAAUGAAAUGCAAGGAGAUUACGAGGGCUUAUAGAUUGUUGAUGGAGAUGAAACCAACUGGUGGAACCAACAGUAACAAUUCCAAUGGGAAACAACGGGAGACGAAUUCAGCACCGAAGCCAUCACCAAGAGGUUCCACCACUAAUUUUAAUAACAGUAAUGGGCAUCAGUCAUCAUCUGGAGGUGCCAAUCAUAACUCGGCUGGAAGUGAAUCAGGAGGAAGAGGUGGGGCUAGAGGUUCUAAUAAUUUCUAUGGGCAGCAAUAUUCACCUGGAGGCAUGGAUAAUAAUUCUGCUGGAUCUCAGCCGAGAGGCAGGGGUGCAGCAAGACACUCUCAUGAUUAUUACUGGGAACAAUCUUCAGCCGGAGGAAGCAAUCGUAAUUCUACUGGGUCUCAGGCAAGAGGCAGGGGCGCAGCGAGAGGUCCUUACGAUUAUUAUGAGCACCAGUCGUCCCCUGGAGGCACGGGUGGUGAUUAUGAUAGGUUUCACGCAAGAGGUAGAGGAGCAGCAAGAGGUCCUCAUGACUAUUACGGGCAACAGCCUCCAGCAGGAGGCAGCAAUCAAUAUCCCACUGGGUUCAAAUCGUCAGCAGGAGGUUCUAAUAAUCAUUAUGGGCGACAAUAUACAUCUGGAGGAACCCAUUAUAAUUCCAAUGGAGGUCAGCCCACAGCGGGAGGUUCUCGGAAUUACAGUGGAAAAGACUAUAACCCGAGGAGUGAGAAUCAUCGUUCCGCAGGGCCACGAUCAUCUGCAGGGACUUCUAAUACUCAUAAUCGACAGCAAUUCUCAGGAAAUUCUGAGAGCAAGCCAGCAGGGGCUUAUCGUGAUGACGGUAAGGCGAAGCAGACCUCAUCGAGGAACUAUUACUAUGAUGAUUAUUACGAUGAUGACAGUUACAGUUCCAGUGACAGUGAAUCUGAUUCUGGAAAUUAUGGUAAUGAUUAUGAGAGGAAUGGAGGAGAUUAUCCUGAUGGGAAUGAAGACGAUUGUAAUCGACAUGAAGGAGACUAUGAUGAUCGGGAUGAACAAAAUGAGGGUGGUCAGGGUGGAGUAAUUGAUGACAAUUACUAUGCAGAAUCUUAUCACCAGAGUGAAGAUGAUUAUGAUGAUUAUGAUUGACUUGAGGAAGAGCAUGAUGAUCGAGGUGAACAAAGUGGUGGCGAUCAGGAUGAAGCAGUCGAUGAAGAUCGGGAUGAACAAACUGAUGAGGGACAUGAAGAAGAUGAUAAUUCGCAUGGAGAUGAUGAUGAUGAUGAUGAUGAUUAUUGCGAUGAUGAUUAUUAUGAUGAUGAUGAUUAGGAGAAAAUUGGGCAUUUACAAUGUAAAAUAGAUAUUGAAUGUAAAGAUAUCACUGAUACUGCCGCUAUUGUGACUGGAUCAUACGCGGAAAGUACAACUGCUAUCUGCAUUUUUAACUCAGUUUCGUGCACUCAAAUAUAUUUUACUACAUGGUGUCGCCUGAGUUAUUUUCUAAUUACAAAUAAUCAUGUUAUUAAAUUUUAAAGGCAUGAAAAA